AUGAAAGACGCACUUGAAUUCCCAUUUAAGGCGUCCGACCACGCCUACAGGACCAACUUUGAUGGCCUGGAGCUUACCGAAUCGCACUUCCAAUCCAAGCUUGAGACAGACAAGCAGAACUUUAAGGAUGCCCUCAACUACUUUGAAUCCCAAGACAGCAGGGCAAGGGAUGACUACAAGUCCGAAAAAGACGCAGGAUUUGCCACGAGCAGUUUUAAGGAGUGGGUUCCCCAAAAUGCUCCUCAAUGGAGUGCUUCGAGGCAGCAGCUAAUCAACUGCGGAGCUUGA